CCAUGUGACCCUCUCGGGUGGGACUCUGCAGCUGCUUCGCAGCGCAACUCUCUCACCAAACUCCGCGCCCUUGCGCUCGAGGUGCCAAAAGGCGCCCGCCCGGAUUGAAAAGGCGCAGUGCAUGCCCGGACGCGUCACUCCGCGGGCGGAAGACGCACGUCGGGGCGCGGCUCCCUGGCUCGCGCGCGGCUCGGGCUCUGUCACUCGCGCCCUGCACAGGACCUGCGCGCCCAAGCGCCUGCCUGGCGGCGGCGGCAGCAAUGCACGGAACCACCCGCGCUCCGGCCACCAGCGUGAGUGCCGAUUGCUGCAUCCCGGCCGGCCUGCGCCUCGGGCCCGUGCCCGGAACCUUCAAGCUGGGCAAGUACCUGUCAGACCGCAGGGAACCCGGGCCCAAGAAAAAGGUGCGCAUGGUGAGAGGGGAGCUGGUGGACGAGUCGGGGGGCUCCCCUCUGGAGUGGAUAGGGUUAAUCCGGGCAGCCAGGAACCCCCAGGAACAGACUCUCGAAGCUAUUGCAGACUUACCCGGAGGACAGAUCUUCUACCGAGCGCUGCGAGACGUCCAGCCAGGGGAGGAGCUGACCGUGUGGUAUUCCAACUCCUUGGCUCAGUGGUUCGACAUCCCCACGAUUGCAACUCCGACGCACGACGAGAAAGGAGAGGAGCGCUACAUCUGCUGGUACUGCUGGAGGACGUUUAGAUACCCCAACAGCCUUAAGGCCCACCUACGUUUCCACUGCGUGCUCAGCAGCGGCGGGGGCCGGGCCUACCUGCACCACGAGCACGCGGCUCGCCCAGGCCCUGCCCCGGCCGCGGAUGGCCUUCGCCUCUCUCCGAAACCGCCGGCGCCUGACUUCUCCGUGGCCGCCUCGGCGGGCACUCUGCGGCCCCACCCGCAGGCCCAGCAGCCCCUCCAGGCCUGCGGAGCGCGAGAGAGCAUCAAGCGCGAGGCUUCCUCCGCGCCCUUGGCCACCUCGCCGCCCCCGGCCAAGUGGGGGCCGUCCAAGAAGGGCAAGGAGCAGCCGGACCGCGCCCUGGACAUGAGCGGGGCCGCCCGGGGACCCGGCCACUUCCUCGGCAUCGUGGGCGGCUCCCCAGCGGGGGGCGGCGGCCUGGCCUUCUACCCCGGCGUGCGCUCGGCUUUCAAGCCCGCCGGCUUGGCUAGGGCGGCCGCGGCCGCCCACGGCGACCCCUACCGGGAGGAGGGCAGCGGCAAACCCGGGGCCGGCCUGGCCUUAGGCAGGCUGCUGGGCGGGGGCCGGGCGGGCGGACGCCCUGGAAGUGGAGAGAACCCGGCGGCGGGCGGCGCGGGCCACCACCAUCACCACCACGCGCACCACCAUCAUCCCAAGUGCCUGCUCGCGGGGGACCCGCCGCCGCCGCCGCCUGGCCUGCCCUGCUCCGGGGCGCUGCGCGGCUUUCCUUUGCUCCCUGGCCCCCCGGAAGAGGCGUCCGCCUUCAAGCAUGUGGAGCGCUCCCCGCCCGCUGCCGCCGCGCUGCCGGGAGCGCGUUACGCGCAUCUGUCCCCGGCGGCCGGGCUGCCCCUCGAGCGCUGCGCGCUGCCCGCCCUCGACGCGGGCGGGCUCAAAGCCUACCCGGGUGGGGAGUGCAGCCACCUGCCUGCCGUCAUGCCGGCCUUUACCGUCUACAACGGGGAGCUUCUCUACGGCUCACCGGCCGCCGCCGCUUAUUACCCGCUCAAAUUGCACUUCGGCGGGCUGCUCAAGUAUCCGGAGUCCAUUUCCUACUUCAGCGGGCCCGCGGCGGCGGCGGCGGCCGCAGCUCUAAGUCCCGCCGAGCUGGGCUCCCUGGCUGGCAUCGACCGAGAGAUCGCCAUGCACACGCAGCAGCUGUCCGAGAUGGCAGCCGGGAAAGGGCGCGGCCGCCUGGACGCGGGGACGCUGCCACCGGCCGUCGUGGCGGCGGGUGGUUCUGGGGGUGGCGGCAGUGGGAGCGGCGGCGCGGGCAAGCCCAAGACGGGCCACCUGUGCCUCUACUGCGGCAAGCUGUACUCGCGCAAGUACGGGCUCAAGAUCCACAUGCGGACGCACACGGGCUACAAGCCGCUCAAGUGCAAAGUGUGCCUGCGGCCCUUCGGCGACCCCAGCAAUCUCAACAAGCACAUCCGGCUGCACGCCGAGGGCAACACGCCCUACCGCUGCGAGUUCUGCGGCAAGGUGCUGGUGCGCCGCCGGGACCUGGAGCGCCACGUCAAGUCCCGCCACCCCGGCCAGAACCUGCUCGCCAAGGCGGGCGACGGCCCGGGCGCGGAGCCUGACUACCCCCCGGAGCCUGGAGAGCCCAAGAGCGACAACGACAGCGACGUGGACGUGUGCUUCACAGACGACCAGAGCGACCCUGAGGCCGGGGGCGGCGGCGGGCGCGACUCGUAACGAGUCCUCCCGGGAAGGGGUGUAUGCGGGGGGCGUGGACAGAGAGAAGAAGUGGGGGUUCUGUUCUGGGAGAAGAGGAUCACCCGGUGGUGAGAGGAAGGACCUGGUUAACGAAACCGUUUUUAUUGGUCGGGCACCAGAUUUGGAACAGUGAGAGGACCCAGGUCCGAUGCUGAAACUCAGAGCAAAGGUUUAGAGAUAUCUUAAAGAAAUCUGGCCUCCUGAGCAGCCCGAGGGCGGCGGGUCCUGGCGCGCUCCAGGUCUCUGGACUCCGCGGACAGGCUCCCCCCAACCGCCCAGGCGGUCUGCUCUCGAGGUUUAGGAUCACAGUAAUGUGAAGUCACAGAGCCCUCGAGGGCGCCGAUUUUAACUGCCACGUAUUUUAAAAUUGUUCUUUUCUGUGGAGGAAAUUGUGCCUUUUGAAACGAUGUUUUGUGUGUGUAUUUUACAUUAGCAUUUCACUGCAUAGGCAAAACAGUAGUCGCAAUUCGCUAGAUGUGACAUCCAUACACUUGUUUCCAUUUCAUCUGUUCUGGUGUCAAAGACUACGACGCCUUGCCUCAUUGACUAUAUAGUGGUAGCAGGUGUGCAAAUUGGUCAAGUUGCAAUUAUUUAUAAGAGAAUAAUGACAAAUGUAAAAUAUCUAAAGCAUGAAUCUAAGAGCACGCAAUAUAUAAUUUUAAAGAAAAUGUCCUAUUUGGUAGAAUACAAAUGUGAUGUAUGUCGUUUUAUAAUGAAUGAUGUACAGUGGAUUCAGUAUUUUGGUCUUGGUUCCAGUCUGUGCAAUCUUUAAUAAAAAUAAAGAUACAAACGAGAGUUUGUUCACUU